AUGAAGUUCGCGUUGCGAAUACUGGCCGAUUAUGAUGUGAAAGAUAUUCCGAAGGCCGGGUCGGGUGGCAUUUGUGAUGGCAAAAAUUUUGCAAAUGCACGGUCACUGACACUAGCACCAACAAUGGACCAGCAAUUUUGUUUGCGCUGGAACAACCACCCAACCAACCUGACAGAUGUGCUUGCAAGCCUAUUACAAAGAGAAGCACUUUGCGAUGUGACACUUGCAUGUGAUGGGGAGACAGUCAAGGCUCAUCAAACAAUACUCUCAGCAUGUUCCCCAUAUUUUGAAAGUAUAUUCUUACAAAAUUCUCAUCCACAUCCAAUUAUAUUCCUAAAAGAUGUGCGGUAUUCGGAAAUGAAAUCUCUGUUAGAUUUCAUGUAUAAGGGUGAGGUGAAUGUUGGCCAAAACAUGCUACCGAUGUUCCUAAAGACUGCUGAAAGUUUACAAGUUAGAGGUUUGACAGAAAACAAUACAUUGAAUCCUAAGUCAGAAGAGCGUUCAACGCCGUCCGUGAGCGCAGAGAAUCUGUCGUCCCGCGGCGAAUCCUUUGCAACGCCGCCCGCUGCGCACGCGCCGGCUGCCCUCACACCGCUGCCGCAGCCCGCGCACACGCCGCACCAUGCUGUGCCGCCGGAGAAACGUCGCAGGAAAAACUCGACGGUGCCACGGGAGGACAUAGAAAUGCCGUAUCGGCACUAUGAGGGUCACGUAAAAGCGAACACAGGGAAGGGUGGGUCGACCGAGUCCGGGUCGGAGCCGUCCACGCCGCCGCCGGCGCACGCGGGCCGCGCGGCGCGCUCGCCCGCGCACACGCCGCUCGUCAAGCAGGAGCCCGACGCGCCCUACCCCCACUCGCAGCACCCCCACCAGCCGCACCACUACGACCAGACGCAUCUACCGGCAAUGGGUGUAGUAAACGAAAUGGCAUCAAUACUCACACCGCACCAACUGAGCAACGAGUGCAACGAGAGCGAGCAGAUCAUGCAGCCGCACCCGGACCAGACAGACACUAUCGACGGUGAAAAAUAUGCCGACGAAAACGAUAUACCUCAGGAACCAUUCGGCCAGAAUAUAGCAAAUAUCGAAAAUAUAGUAAAAUCAUUUAAAAUAGUACUAAAUCAAAAACCGUACAAUGCGCCCAUGCCCUGUAAAAUAUGUGGUAAAAAUGUUAGCAAUAUAAAGAAACAUUUAAAAUCUCAUAAUCCUGAACAACAUAAGUGUCCCCUGUGCCCGAUUGUCCUAACGCGAGCAGAUAAUUUGAAGCGACAUUUGAGAAUGAAACACUGUUCCGUAUUGGGUCAGAGUAAUGUGUCGAACAUACAGACACACUGUGAG